AUGGAGAGUUUCAGAGAUAUUGAGGACCAAAGAACAUGCAAACAUAAACCAAAAGUUAAAAUGUCUUUGUACAAUGAGAAACAUCAGUCACGAAGCCAGAGGAUGGUAGAUAUAGCUAAGAAAAAUAAAACUGAAAAUUCUAACAUAAAUGACGAUGUAGCUACCACAACCGAUGACAAUAAGAAGAUUAUCAUUUUGAAAAAUGAUGUUAUUCAAAAACCUCAUUGUGGCUUGGUUAGCGAGCAAGUUGUUAACAAUCAAGAAAUCAAGAUCAAGACGAAUACCAGUCUAUUGAUCAACAACCAAUGGAACUUGUAAGAGACUUUGUUAGCGAGGAAGUUGUUAGCAAUCAAGAUCAAGACCAAUACCAGUCUAUUGAUCAACAAACAAUGAAAAUUGAACCACAUUGUUCCUCUGUGAACCAGCAAGUUGUUACCGAUCAAGAUCAAGGAAAACUUCAAUAUAUUGAUCAACAAAAUAUGGAAAUUGACGUAGGGGACAACAAAAGCGACAUAACCGAUCCUUUUGCUACUGAUUCAGAUAAUUCUUACAGAACAGAAAGUGACAAUGAAACCAGCGAGUCAGAGAGAGAAACACAAAAAAGGAAAAAAAAGUCAAGAAAAAGAGUCAGAAAUGAGUUAGGGUGGCAAGUAUCUAAAAGGAAGGUUGCAAGAGCAAAUGGCCAAGAAUAUAAAACAAAAAAGAAUAAAAUUGUCCAGGCAAAAAUCUUGAAAGGACCAUGUAGAUGCAAGAAAAAGUGCUAUGAAAAAUUUAGCCAUGAGUUAAGGAUAAGUAUUUUUAAAGACUUUUAUUCUUUGACAUAUAAUGAAC